ACUACAAGCAAAAUGGCGUGCGGAAGCAGCUGCUUAGUGAGAGGUUGCCUUGUGCUUAUUUUCUUUGCGACACAACAAGUUUCUUCAGAGACAUGCGCUCCAAUCGACAAGGACAUCAAUAUUCUGAAAGAUCAAAACUUUUGGACAUUUGAGGUGCCUCAUGUAGAGAAAGGAUGCAUACCUUUCAAACCACCAAUUUCUGGGGGAAAUGUCACCUCCACCUGUGUUUUCUAUUUUUCCCUUUGCCAUCCAGUUCCUAGUCUCUGCACUGAAAAUUGUGGAAUUUGUUUGACCAACAAGGUCUCUUUCUGGGGGCAUGACUACGAUAACAAGGCCCUUUAUACUAUGCCAAAAAAAACUGGUGGCUUUGACCCAAACAAAAAAGUUAACUUUGAUUCACAAUGGGAUUACUUCACCCUAAUUUAUGAACCAGGAGAGCUAACCAAUGCCUCAACACUUUCCUCCUUCCAAACUGAAAUCAUAUUCCAUUGUAACAAAAGUGCCGUAUGGAAAAGAUCUGAUGGUGAAAGUGGCAAUAACAGUGUCACAUAUCCUCCCAAAGUUACUGUCUCAAGUACAAAGAUUGGGGUAGUCAUGGUUAAGGUAGAGUUUGAGUAUAGUGGGGCUUGUACAAAAGGAAGUGGAGGAGGAGGAAAAGAUGACGAACCUUCAAAACCUCUGAGUGUUGGAUCAAUAAUGCUUAUUUUAUUCUUUCCUGGAGUAUUUUUGUAUUGUGUGGUGGGAGUGCUGGUAAAUAAAGGAGCAGGGAAAACAGGAAAGGAAAUGAUCCCGAACUCCAAAUUUUGGUCAGAUCUACCAGGAUUAAUAGCAGAUGGGUUUUCCUUUGUUCUUGCUAAGAUCACUUGUUCUCAGAUGACCACCUCACGACAGAGUUACAAUUCCAUGUAACCAGCCUAAUAUUUUAGGUCUUGACGCGUAUACAGUCUCUAUUUUUCCAGUAGGUUUUUUUCAUGACAUGCGGCUAGAUAGAACUUAGUAACUCCAGUAGUAAUUCAGUAAAAAGAAGCGGCUUAACUGAUAGUUGAGAUAAAGGCAAAAGAUAAUUAGUUAAUAUAACCCCUUACAUCCUAACAAUAGUAUGAAUUAGCUCCACACUGUUUUCCAUAUAAAUCCUAAAGUGCAGACAAGGAGAAUUUGUUUAGCAAUCAAGAGCUUCUUUAGUUGGUGACCAUUUCCUUUGUUUUCGUGUCCUGAAUGAGUGAUUCGGGGAUGAUAUUGUAAGGAGAAAUUAGAUGCUAAUCACACUCAGGGGAUAAGUGUGGCGGGUCCCCUCACUUUAUAGACAUAAUUUUACAGUCUGUAAACUAUUCUGACAAAGUGUGAAUGUUGAAGACGACUGAAGAAGCGGAACGCGAGGAGUAGCGGUGGUGGCCAGGAAGGGGGGGGGGGGGUAGGGUAGAAUUCAUCUCACCAAGCUCCCUUAGGGUACACUUCCUCAUCACGUGUUGUGCUCAUGGUGAAUGCUUGUAUUCGCUCUGCUUGUCUAAAAAAGAGGGAUAAGUGAACAGAGUGGAAACAAUUUUUGAGAUGCAGUAGAGGGAACGCCUUAUGGAAUUAGCUCUAAACUUUUGUCAGCUAAAAAGAUUUUAAACUAUUUUUCGAUGAUUUGUCAGAAACACGACUUUCCGUCCUUGUCGUAGCCAUUGAUAAAACAAAGCUGACGACUAUUUUUUGCUUAACCCUUUAACUCAUAAGAUCUAGUUGUUAGUUAUCCCAUCGAGCUGCUACACAUUUCCUUGUGAAUU